CAAGAAAAAAACCGCCUGGCUGUGUUCUUCUUGGCGGGUGAGGUGAGAUUGCGAUCCCGCGCCUCUUCCAUGUCCCUUUUUUUCAUUUUUUAUACAAAUGCCGAUUUUGGGUGUUGCCUGCGGGAAGCGCAGCGGUUAGAACUGUAUAUGGGUUGGUGUAUAAGUUGCUGCCAUGCCCUGGCAUCUACAACUAUCAGUCUAGGAUUCAAGCUUAUUCAGAAUAUCGAACAUCUCUUGGUAUCUGGUUUAACAUCAUACCAUUAAUUAGCAUUUGGCCCAUCACAUUCUCUGCAUUCAGAUACUACAACCAGUAAUCAUCGACUAUCCGACAAAAAUGGACAACAACGCAUACAACAACGCGGGCCAGCCCAUUCUUACAAAGGUGGUUUCGAGCAAGAAAUCGUUCAUGUUCAAGACCGCAGUCGGCAUCGCCAUACUCAUUAUGGAUAUAAUAGUCAUUGGCGUUGCUGCCGGCUACUUGAAUGCCCCCAGAACUACUUAUCUUUAUUACCAUUAUUACUCUCCAUUCUACACUUUUGUAUUUUGUAUCCCGGUGGCCAUUCUGUCCUUUUGUUGGCAGGCAGCCGAGUUCAUCACCGUUGCGAAACGCAAAGAUCGUGGAAUUCACCCGGGUGCCCACGUCGGCAUGCACCUGGUCAUCUGGCUCGGCUACAUCGUCUCCGCCGUGUGGUGUGGCUUCGAGGUUCAACUACUCGACCACUACAACAGAUAUCCAUAUGACGGCUACUACUCGUCGCGCGUCUCCGCUUCCGAUAUUCAAGCUGGGUACAAACAGGCAUUCUCAUUCCAGGUUGCCCUUUUGGUGUUUGUGGUGAUGUUGAUUAUUGCACACUUUACUAUGUUCGUGCGCGCCUGUGUCGAGACGCACCGCCGCAACAAGCAGCUCCGUGCUGUCUACGUCGAGGCGAAGCAGACCGAGCCGCAGUGGGGCGGCAACCAGGCGUAGAUGAUACCCGACCAUAAUCUACCUUACUAGGCACCGAGUCUGCAGGUUCUACUCUGCAUCACAUUGACGAGCCGGACUGGAAACAUCGUGCGCGUCUGUUUUGAGAAUUUGGUUUACGCAUAUUUCUUGUAUAUAUCUGUUUUGUGUUGGCAUUUGCAACUUCCCCUUUUUCUUACGUUACGAUUUCGAUCGAUACCCCGUACACAUUUUAGUUUAGUCAGACCACCUGCCUCAGUUUAGAAUACCCCAACGCUGUAAUGAUAUACUCGUCAAUCACUUAUAUUAGCCGAAUAUGGGGAUAUAUAACAAACAAACCAGAGAUAGCCCAAGAUUGUGCAUCAAAAAGUCGUCAUUAUCCCUUUCUGACACCUCAACACUGCCUAGGUUUUACGCUUCGAGAUCUAUUAAUCUGGCGAGAAACGAGUCUACCGCUACUCGCCAAUCCUGGGGCACAUGGGCGUCAUGGCUGUCAAUCCGGAACGCGUAGAGUAAGGGGAAUGUCCUUCAGCACA